ACAUAUAGUAGCAAACACAUCAAAUCCAAGCUCCCCUGCCGCCGUCUUCUUUUCUUCCUCCCUAGAAGAAACCGUCUUCUCCUUUCCUGCCAGCGAAAAAGAAAAACCCAAUAAGCUUAUCCUAGUCAAGUUGAGCCUCUUGCCCAUUCCCCCACAACCCAAACUAGAAUCCUCUGUUGAUGCUACUUCCAAAGAAGAAUCCCCUCACAACCCCUCCUAGCAGGCAAAGUCGAAGAAGAACGACAUGUCUCCGCUCCCUCCACUGAUGAGACCCAAGAGGUUAGUCCUCUCCCUCCACCGCCACACUCUCCGCUUCCAUACUCUCCGCUUCGCCUGAUUCUCACUGCCAUCAACCUGCCACCAUCUCCUCUUCCAUACCUCUCGUCCUUCGUCAUCGCCUGCUAACUUGUCUUCACUCUGUUCGUCGCAACCUAGGGUUCUGACUACUCAUUAUAAUUUGCAUGUAGAAAGGAAUAUGAAAUUAGUAGAAGUCUCAAUUAAUUUUGUUUCCCAAUAGAAGAAUCGAAGGAUUCAAAGAAAGGAGGAAGAAGGAAGGAGAGAGGAGAGGGCAGGAGAAAUUCGUCCCUGGUCUGCGUGAGGAAGGAAAGAGAAAAGGGAGGAGAGGAUAGAGUUGAAAUAAACUGGUCGCACAACGAGUUAUUUCAGAAUAACUGGGGGGCACCCAGUUAUUCUCAAUACCGCAUUUUCACGUUGUAGUCCAUUUCCGUCGUGCGAGUAAUGCCAGCCUCGCGCUCAAUCAUCAGUUUGCAUUUUGUGCCCAUUGUCGUCAAAAAAGGGUUCCGGUUCCGAAUUUGUGUCCGUUUGGCGACAUUAGGGUUUCUGGAUUGGGUUUUGGGAGUCCUCAGGUGUUUGUGUCUUUUGAAAUUGUUUGUUAGCUAGUGGAUCUGCAGCUGGCUGUGUUUGAUGUGAUUUCAUCCUGUCUUUGAUACAUUAGUUGUCGUGCUUGCUCACUUCGUUUCCAUUUCUCAAGCACUUAUUUUAUGUGAUUUGACUACUUUGCUGCUGUUGAUUCUGAUAUCAGAAAGUCAAACUUUCAUUUUAUGCGCCUGGUGCGACAGAGUACUUCGAGUAUGAAAUUAAAGUGGUCUUCGUUCAUUUGUCCUCAGGGUCUCUCUUUCUCUUGCCAGUUUCCCUUCUUAUCUGAAGCUAUUCAGAACAUAAAGUUCUAUAUACCUUCUAACUAAGAAGUAAACGUAGUUCAUCUUGCACUUCUGUUCAUUCAUUGCCUUCUAACUGAAGCCACUUACUCUUUUAUUUCAUGUUUAGGUUUUGGCUCUUCAAGAUAGUGCAAUUUACGUGUGGUAGUAAUAAUCAUAUCGAAUCCAUGGUAGACAAUGGCCCUCUUUAGGAACUAUUCAUCUGAAACAAUCACAAACAGGCCAGCUGAAGGAAAGGUUCAUAAUCCUGGUAGAAUGGUUGGAAGCGAGGAUGUUGAUGGGUCUUCGAGUGAAAGAGAAUUCGAUAUGAACAUGGAUCCACGGUACGAAAGUGAGACUGAACUAGCGGAGAGUAGGAUGCAGAAUGAUGGAGUUCCUGACCAUGAAGCUGGUGCAAGUAAUUCACAUUUUCAGCCUUCUUCUGGAAAGAGAAAUGUCUCUGGGAAAUGGGGCUCAAGUUUUUGGAAAGAUUGCCGACCUAUGGGCAUGUAGGGGGCAUCUGAUUCGGGGCAGGACUCAAAAUCGGACUUCAAGCAUGUUGAGGUUUCAGAAGAUAAUGUAUCAGAUGGUGAAGUGAAGACGACAGAUUAGAAUCAGAGUAUGAAGAAGAGGCAAAAGAAUCACAGAAAGAUUUGAAGGGACAUUCUGAUGUUCCCGCCGAUGAGAUGUUGUCGGAUGAAUAUUACGAGCAGGAUGGGGAAGAUCCAACUGAUUUGGGUCAUUACAAGGGUCUUAGCAAUUCAGCCGGAUUGAAUUCUAGGCAACAUUCAAAGCCUGCGCCAGUUGAUAAUCAUUUGUCUAGGAGUUCAAGUGCUCUGCGGAAUAAUAGAGUUGACGACAAUGACGAUGAUGCUGAUUACGAGGAAGAAGAAGAUGAAGACGAUCCAGAGGACACUGACUUUGACCCAAGCUAUGGUGGAAAUAGUGUGCGUCUAGGGAAAAAGGAUAUAUGGUCUUGAUGAUAAUACCAUAGGCUUCAUUGGUCAUUCCUUGGCGCUGCAUAGAGACGAUCGAUAUCUUAAUGAACCUGCUAUAGAUACAGUGAAGAGAAUGAAGGUAUAACUUUCUGGGUUUCUGGUGGUCAUUCAACUUAAGUUCUAUUUUGUAUAUUUUCUUAUUUUUUAGGAUUAAUACUCUAAUUUGGCCCAAAGUUUAGUGUAAGUGACCGUUCUGUCCUCAUUUUCAAAUAAGACAUUUAUGACCUACUUUUGAAAUUAUUGGACAAAUUUGGCACGAUAUUUGUGUUGACAGUUAAAACUGACGGUCAAAUAUUAUCACCGUUAAUGACUCAAAAAAACUGCUGAAAUGGCAACGACAUGGCUGCCAUGUCAUUUUCACAAAAAUUAAAAAUUAAAAAAAUAACAUCAAAAUGAAAUAAAAAUUAAAAAUUUGAAGAGAAAGAAAAGGUCGUCUUCUUCACUCUCCCUGUUUGGACAAGACCUAUAUCUUCUUCCCUUGGCACUGGAUGCUACUCUAAUUUCACGAGAAAAUCCUCGGGAGCUAGAUCGGCGGGUGACCCACCCCAGCCAGUGAACUCCUCCCCGUUCGAAUCCCUUACGACGUUGCGAAACCCACCAGUUUCUCGCCUCUGCUUAUAAUGACGAGAAGAACCCAACCCUGUCACUUUCCUUUAUUUCUCCCCAACAAUCAGCCGCCGCCCUGCUCGUCUCUGCUUUCGACGAAAAGCCGCUGCCAAUCUCUGCUUCUAAUCUUUCCCCAGCUAGUCGGCGAGUCCAAGACAAGAAGAACGAGACUCACCGCUCUCUGCUUCAGAUCUUUGCCAGCCAGCGGGCGAGUCCGAUGCAAAAAAAAAAAAUGGGUCCCUCCGCCCUCUCUUGGCCAGCUGGAGACAUUUCCGAAGAAGCUUCAUCGGUUCAACAAAAAAGCUAGAUCUAGCGCAUGGGAAGUUUCAAAUGGGUAGGAGAAGGGAAGUUAAUUGGAAGAAGGUAUUAACCCUAUUUGUUAUGCAUUAAGUGAUAACAUCCUCACUUGUUCCAGCUGUAUGCCGAGUCUCUUGCUCGUUUUCAAGGCGGAUCCCCUUAUAUUUACCUUUUGUAUGAAUUGGGAGAGUUGUCGCAGGUUCACACUAAUCCAGUCACUCUCAUUCUUGUUUUCCUUCUCUCCCCUUCUUUUGUUGCUUUACUUUUACUUACAGUAUGAAGCCAAGACCUCUCAAUGUAACUCGAGUUGACCUUUCUAAAAAUAUCAUGUCAGGCAUUUGCACGGCUGAGUGACAGUCUAUGGUGGUACAUAUAUGUUGAACAAACCUGAUUGCAAGGUACUCAAUCAUGUGUUUGGCUCUGUGACCUAAACUUAUAUAGCAAAAUGCUACCUGGACCUUUCUUCCCAUUGGCAAAUCUGACUGGAUGGCUUUGGUGUUUCAGGUAGAGUUUGAUGAUGAAGGCAAAGUUAUUGCGUCACCUCAGAAGGAGAAACUGCUAAGUGUAAGAAAGUGGUUUGUGAUUCGUCCUACUUGCCAGGAAAGGUAACAUAUUUCUUCGGGGCUAAUGAGUAUGGACAUGUAUAGCUUUUUUGCUUUGGACUUGUAUUUCCACUUUAGUAUUUACUGAAAUCUAUGUGGAUAUGAACAGGUUAGAAAGGUCGGGAAUGUUGCAGGGCAAUUGCCAUCAUGAGCCACUCAAUUCCCAACACCAAUGACUCUCACUCAGUGAAGUGAAGGUUAUUCUGUCACAAAAGCAGUUGGGUUGCAAAUCAGACAUGUAAGCUAUAUACUUCUGAUCCUUUUCCAUUUAAUUAUUUUCUGAACCAGUAACUGUUUUAGAGCUUUGUUGUGUGAUUAGGUUGGUAAUUAUAUCAUAAAUCUGACAAAAUAUCAUCCAUCCUGCUGCAAACUAUUAGUCUAUGAAAAGAAGGGUAUCAGUCUGGGCCUUAAGGACAUUAGUCUGGGCUCUAUUGAUAUUAGUCUGGGUCUUUCAAAUAUCUGUCUGGGUCUUUCGGAUAUUAGUAUGUGAUUUGGUGAUAUUUGUCCAAAUAAAAAAGGUAUUUGUCUGUGUUUUAAGGAUGUUAGUCUACCAAAAGACAGAUAUUUAUCUGGAAGGUUAUAAUAUAUUUUUCAAUCAGAACUUAUGUUGGUAAUUAUAUCCAACAUCUGCUACAAACCAUCAUCCAUCCUGCUACAAACCAUCAUCCAUCCCUAAAUAUUAUCCAACCCUAAAUAGCAUCCACCCCUAAAUAUUAUCCAAUCCUAAGUUUAGUUUUACAAACCAAUAUCACACUACACAAGUCUAAAAUCAACUUCUCUUCCUUUUCCUUGUUUUCCCUCUUUCUUCGUAUUCCAAUCUUUUUGCACCUUGAAUUAUUUCAUCGGUCCGGCAGUUAUAGUCCCAUAAAAUGAGGUUGGCUGCAAUCUGUGCUCUUUGUUCCUCCACAUGUGGCUGCUUGUGCCAACUUGCUUUAUAUUCCACUGGAAGGUGACCCGCCCAUUGCUCCAUGUAAAGGCAUGCAAAAACACCGUAAUCAUCGUUGCCUACUUGUUGAGGAACGUCGGCAAUGUUUAAUGGUCAUUCAUCCAAUGCUCAAUCGACCCUCUGCUCUUUGAGGAACGCUGCCGCAUACUUAAAAAUUAUUUUCCCAAUCGGUUCAUGAUCCUCCUUAGCCACUCGGGCAUUGGCUUAAUGCAGUCGAGUAAGAAAGUUUUCUUAUUCUUCAUGUCAACCACGUAUACCCGGUAGUGAUCAUUUAGAUACAUUGGAAAAAAGAUCUGAAAUACAAAGCAGUUAGUGAGUUAAUCAUUGACCAAUAUCCUAAUAACCCAGAUUAAUAUCU